AUGGCGAAAAGCGGCAGAGUUGCAGAGCCCGCCAAGCCCAACGCAGCGAUUGGACGUCUCGGUACGUCUCCGAUGUGCGCCGAGAGUCGUGAGCAGGGAAAAAGCGACGGCGCAGAUCACCGAUCGCCCGCGACCGUUCACUAUUUUACUAUUCAUACUACUGUAGUAGCCACAAGUGUGGUUCGUAUAUAGAGUAAGCUUGUGCUGCGCUGUCUUGCUUCGAUGGCCGACCAGGGGGCGUCCCGAGCGGAGGUGAUUGAGCCGGCGCCAGCACCGACGUUGCCGGCGCCGCCGGUGACCGUGAGGAAGCCGCGGGGGCGGCCGCUAGGGUCGAAGAACAAGCCCAAGCCGCCGGUCGUGGUGACGCGGGAGAGCGAGGCCGCGAUGCGCCCGGUCGUGCUGGAGCUCGCCGAGGGCUGCGACGUGGUCACCGCGGUGGCCGCGUUCGCACGCCGCCGCCGCGUCGGCGUCUCCGUGCUCUGCGGCCGCGGCGCGGUCGCCGCCGUCACCCUGCGGCUGUCGACCUCGCCCGCGACCGCGUCCACGGUGACGCUGCACGGGCGGUUCGAGGUCCUGUCCCUGUCUGGAACUGUGCUGCCGUCCGCGGCCGCCGAGGGGGCCGUGCCACCGCCGUUCUCGGUGUCGCUGGCUGGGGCGGGCGGGCAGGUGAUCGGCGGGGCGCUCGCCGGGGGGAUGACAGCGGUGGACGGGAUGGUGGUGGUGGCCGCCACGUUCGGGAGCGCCGAGGUGCACCGGCUGCCCGCUGCUGACGCAGAGUCUGAGGGCGGCGACGGACGCGGUGGUCGUGAGGAGGGAAGGCGUUCGCAUCCACAGCAGCAGCAGCAGCAGCGGACGGUGGUGGCCACGAGCGCCGGAGACGCGCGACUGGUUGGCUACGGAGGGGCCGUGGGGCUGGGCGGUGCUGGGAGCGACGGUCACGUGGGCCACCACCCGCAGCAGCCUGAGAUGGUUUUCUGGGCCCAGCCUUCAUCCAUUCGCGGACCGGUCCACCCUAAUUCGACUCAUUUCUAG